UAACGCGCCCCAGUAAUUUAUUCAGUGUAGUAAUCAUAUUGUUACAAGCAGGAUUAUUGGAUUUGAUAUCUCAACUAUAUUCAAUUGUAUAUUUAUAAUUCAAUAGAAAACUAAACAUGUUAUUUUGGAAUAAGUAACUAGCGUGAUUUAUAUCCCUAUCAAGAGUAUAUAGCUAAAUUUACAACUGAAUUAAUUGGAAUUCAUUUGAAAGUUAUUCACAGGGGUUUGACGUGGUUGGCAUUUACAUUAUGAUUGCGCAACGUGAUAAAUGGACUCUUAGAAUUAAAGCCAUUUGCUUCAUACUCAUUGCCCUUUUCAUCAUAUGGUUGAUCAACAUCUCACCAAGUUUACUCUAUCAUGGUAAAUACAAUGAAAGUUACACAUUCUUAUCAGAUAAUAUGCAACUGAUUGAUGGAAAUAUAUUUACUUCAAACUCUUCAGAGUUCAACCUGGCUAUGAGAUUGCACAAAAUGUAUUCUACUAUUAAUGAAACUUCCAUUCAAAUUCACUCUCUGAGAUUUGAUGUAGAAGAAAACAGACUGAAGAGAUUAUAUGACUCAUUAAGUAAAAAUAAUUCAGUGAAAACAUUUCUCAGCUAUGGAUCUCAGAAAAUUUAUAUACCAAAGAAAUUUUCUAAAUGUUAUGCUUCAAAAUGUACACUUAUCACCGGAAUGGAAAGAUGGCGUGAAGCUGAUGCACUUAUUUUAACAAAAGAUGAACAACCAAAUGGAAUUCGACCAAAUGGACAAUUAUGGUUUAGUCUAACACAUGAAUCUCCUAAACAUAUAUCAUUGGCAAACACACUAGAAAAUGAAGUUAACUUUACCAUAUCCUAUCGUUUUGAUUCAACGAUUUAUUCACCAUACGGUUACUAUGAACCGUAUUUAAAGUAUCAUGGACCAAAAACAAGAUAUCCUCUGCCUUCUCGAAAUUUUGCUGCUGGCAAAUCGAAAAAAGUAGCAUGGUUUGUGAGUAACUGUGCAGCUAAAAGUCCUAGACUACAAUAUGCUGAGGAACUUUCAAAAUAUAUCUCGGUUGAUAUAUAUGGCAAGUGUGGUACAAAAGUAUGUUCUAGGAAUUUGAUAAAUGAUCCUUUGUUACCUGACUGUUUUAAAUUGAUUCGUCAGAACUACAAAUUUUAUCUGAGUUUUGAAAAUAGUUUAUGCAGUUGGUAUAUCACUGAGAAACUUUAUAAGAAUGCAUUGAAAAACGAUCUACUUCCAAUUGUGAUGGGUGCGUCGAUAGAGGAAUAUGAAAGAGUCGCUCCUCCAUACUCGUUCAUUCACGUUGAUCAAUUCGAAUCACCAGCUAAACUGGCACACUAUUUGAAGUAUUUGGACGAGAACGAUACUGCAUAUAAUGAAUAUUUUGCAUGGCAUGAUCAUGGAAUCAUACAUGAUCGGGAUUCACAACCUCAAUGUGCAAUGUGUCUACUAGCUCAUACAUCUCAUUCAUUUGGUCCCUAUUGGGUUCCGAGUGUGGCACGAUGGUGGAAUGAUGGAUGUAAUGGUCGGAAAUUGCGUUGGAAUCUAUGAAUUGUGAAUAUUGACAAUAUUAACGCAGUUGCUUUCUACUUUGUUUGACUGUGUAACAUACCCAAAUCUUUUGCUUCCUCCCCAUAUUGACUUCGCUACAUGUUCUUUUUCACACUCGCUAGUAAUCUUGAACUGAAUCAAUCUGUAAAUAAAAUAAUAUAUCUGUAAUUGGAAAUUAACAAAUCAAACCUUUUUAAUUGAUACCUUCUGAAUGAACCUUCAUUUAUACUUGAACCUGC